AGUGCGUUGUAAUUUUCUUUCGAGAAUGUCUGGAGCCAAACAUCGGAUGCGGGACAAGAAGAUGAGAAAUCAGCCCGCUAGUGUGCAAUAUUCGUCCAAGCCACUAAAUUUGUUGAGCACGUCGCAGAAUGGAGGAAACACCCGGGGCUCUGGUCACAGUAGUCAUGAUCCAUCUACACCAAGGCAGAGGGAUCCACGCCACAAGGAUGGAUGGGUCCGUGGACACCACAGAGAUGGUGGGGGCUAUGCAAAGGAGAUGCCCAAGUACAUCACUGCCAAAGCAUUUACCAAGGCUAGGGCUGCAGAGGUGAGUGCCAUGCUGAAAGCUGUCAAUACAGCCAUAGGCAGCUGCCAUGCAUAUGGAGCCCUUCCUAAACACAUGAGGAGGAGGGCAAUGAGCCACAACACCAAGAGGCUUCCUUGCAGGCUAAGGGAAGUGGCCAACCGGAUGCGAGAGAAGAGCCUUCAGGCAGGCCCAAAGAAGAAGGAGCUGGCCAAGAACAAAAGCCGCAAGGCCCGACGACGGCAUGGCAAUCUGUUGUUGGAAUUUAAUCGGCGCCAGCGGAAGAACGUGUGGCUGGAGACUCACAUUUGGCAUGCCAAGCGCUUUCACAUGCUGAAGAAAUGGGGCUACUGUCUCGGGGACAGGCCUACCUACAAGUGCUACCGUGCCUGUUACAGAGCCAUGAGCAGCCACUGCCUGCUGCAGGACCUUUCUUACUAUUGCUGCAUAGAACUACAGGGAGAGGAAGACCGGCUGUUAGCCUCUCUUUCACAGCUGACAAGCAAGGAAACAGGUCCCACAUUUGCUGUACCAGUAGCCCUGUCAGGGCGAAGGCAGGGUAGUGUGGUGGUUUACAGAGCAGGGCGGUACCCCUCACAGCCCCUGGGCCCAGUCACCUUCCUCUGGAGACCCCGUACACAAGGCUCAACCCACAGACAGCUGUGGAUCUGGGCACAUCCCACUAUCAAACAGGAUCUUGUGCCUGAGUUACAAAGUGUGUGCCAAUGUUUGGAGGCUGUAUUCCCACCAGUUUCUCCAGUGGUCAUGCCUGCAGACCUUGCCCCCGUUGCAGGACCAGAGUUCACACCUGAAAAGAUCCCCUGGACAAAGCAGACCCCUGGGAGAAAGAGAAAGCUUAGUGCCAAGACUGCUGAUGGACCUGUGGCCAAAAAGAUCCUGGGUGAUGGAACCAGAUCUCCCACCACUCCUGUUACCUGGAAGUCCAGCUCAACAGGAAUUGUUAUAAAUGAUCUCACGAUGGAGAUUGUGCGGUAUCGGCUAAUUGGGCCACAGUCACAUUCUGUUCUGACAGAAACUCUGGAAAUUGCCACCGACUGUGAUUUAAUGAACAAAUCCCAUCCAUCCUCCCUCUGGUGGCCUGAGCACUGCCAAGAUGAGAGCAAGAUGAUCCUACAUCGUCAACAAGCUGACGUUUUUCAUACACUGAAGAGUAUCUACUCCACUGGGGAGGUCCCUUCUGGCACAGUGCUCGGUCUGACGGUAGACGACCCCAGGUUGACUUUGCCAAAGAAGAAGGGCAAAGCUUUGCCCAACAUGAAGCAGACACAAGAGGUGGAUGAGGAGAGGAGGAGGGAGCUCAUGUUGCAAGGGGUACCGGAGCAUUGCUGUCAGAGUCCCCUGUGGGACCAGUCCAUCCGUGACAACGUCACACAUAACAAGAUAUCUGAACAGGAACUGAAUCGUAUGAAGAGUGAGGUGUUGGUGCCAGGCUCCAGAUUGAGCCCUAUUCCUUUGCAGGGCAGGGUCCCUGUGUUGCUGGUGCACCAGCCUGGGAAGCAAGUGGGACAGGAGAUGAGCUCCUGGGGGGCUGGAUGGGACCUGCUGCUCCCCAAGGGCUGGGGGAUGGCUUUCUGGGUCCCACUGGUGUAUAGAGGGGUUCGUAUUGGUGGGCUGAAGAUGAGUCUGAAACACUCGCAGAACAAAGGAGCUCCCCACUUUCCCCAUGACUACCCAGACUGCCCUGCUGGCGUUCGUUUCCAGGAGGAGCAGGAGAGCGAGCUCCUGGGCAAGUUCAAAAGGCGUCCGCCCGCCAAAAGAACCAAUUACAUAAAGCAUGGCUGUCUGGCUCCGUUCUGUUGCCCUUGGCAACAGCUGGCUGAGGAAUGGGACCUCAUCACGGGGGAGGGAGGCAGCAGCAGCUCAGAUGGAGGAGGACACAGGCAGGCCCAAAGGGUCCUGCAGACCACCGAGCCGACGGCCGAGGAAACUACAUCACGUGAGCGCGUCACCAAAUUGACACUACAACGCUUCACUGUCCUGAGGAACAAAAAGUCUCUGAAGCAGCUCUCAAGUUGGUGCAGACCUUCUUCUUCAAGAGGUCAGAAGUCGCUUCGUGUGAAGGCACCACCUCUCAACUGCUCAUCUGUAGCCUCUCUCCUGUCAUCCGACGGGAUGAGUUUGGUGUGGGUGCGUCUCUCCUUGAUGUCAAAGGGCCGUCCAGAGCUCCAUGCCCUGGUGUGCGUGCCGACUGAGGAGGACCUGAAUCUGCAGCAUAAAGAGGCUGGCUACAGCGGGCCCCAGGAGCCCCCUCACAAAGACCACCUCAAAAGCAGAGUGAAACGUUGCAAGAAGGGCUCCAAGAAAGCCGCUACGUCUUCCUCAUCCUCUGGUAAGCCUGAGACAAAAGCAACAGAAUGUCCCUCUGCCACCGACCUCUCCUCAGCCAAAGUGCCUGACUCAAACCCUACCCCAGAUCUCCAGUCUUCCAAUCCCAUCUCUACCUCCUCCACCACCCAGCCCGGUCAGACCAUCUCUUCAGGAGGCCCCGAGUCGCUCUCCUCCUCAGAUUUCACCCUGGGACUGUGGCCUGAUCCUCUGCCUAGUGUCACCUCUCACUGCUCCCGCGUCACACUUGGCUGGGUGACCCAGGGGGACUUCUCUCUCUCUGCGGGCUGCGGGGAGGCCCUCGGGUUUGUCAGCCUCACUGGCCUACUUAACACCCUCCUCAACCAGCCAGAGAAACAGAGAGGCAUGGUGCUGCUACGCAACCCCACCUCUCUGCAGUAUCGCUUUGCUAAAAUCAAUUUGGAGGUCUGAUUCAGAUAUCUGAGCCUAUAUACAUCUGAGCCUAUUUUUUUUUUCCCCUAAGACAUGUCACAUUUUGAGUUAAUGAUGCAAGGUCUAAGGUGGCUUUAGGAAACCUGGCCCAGUCCAUUGUACUUAAAGUCAAGAAAAAUGGACUUGGUGUACUGUUUAGUGCUUGAGUUAUAUACUUGGGGAAAAAAAUAAAAUGCUUUAUUUCAGUGAUGUGACAAAUGUUUCCUUUUAACGCUGCUUGUUUGCAUUGUGGCAUCAGGAUGCAGGUUUGCUAGUAGACUUACUGACAUGCAUGGAAUAGGUUAGGAUCAUUAGACAAUAAAUUUGCUGUGAAUAUUAAUCUGGGCAGGGGCAUGAGUGUUUUUGUUUUAUGUUUCUUUCUCAUUUGUUUUCAUAGUAAUGCCUAUAGCGGGAGAGUUAAAAUUGGCUGGCUAACCUAGGCUCAGUUUUUGGUUAACUAAAGACAGUCAGGUGUUUAGUGAAUAGAUUCCCUUUGCUUUAAGUAAAUCCACAUCUUAUACUCCUGUGUGUAGCCUGAUGAUGAAGUUACUGUUUACGUUAACACAUUUCUUGGUCCAAAAAGGACAAUUCACCUAGUUUGAAUAUAUGUAAUUUAUUUAUAAAAAAAAAACAAAAAAAACCUUGACCUCUCCCUGAUUAAUUGCAUGAUUUUUUUUAAAAAUUUAAAACAAUAAAAUUUAGGUUCUACUGUACCUUAUUAUCAAGUGUGGUCUGUUUACCUGCAGUAUUGGUUUGCAGCACACUUCUUUUUUUGUUCUUUUUUCUUUUUUUACUUCUGACAUGGCAUUCACGCAAUGGCAUGAAAUGUAUGGAUUUAGAGAAAGCAUGUGACGGUGCCAAGAGAGGAGGUGUGAUAUUUUAUGAGGAAGUUGGGAGUGGCAGAGAAGUAUGUAGGAGUGGUGCGGGAUAUGUAUGAUGGAAGUGUGACAAUGGUGAGGUGUGCGGUUGGAAUGACAGAUGGGUUCAAGGUGGAGGUGGGAUUACAUCCAGGAUCGGCUCUGAGCCCUUUCUUGUUUGCAAUGGUGAUGGACAGGUUGACGGACGAGAUCAGGCAGGAGUCUCCGUGGACUAUGAUGUUCGCGGAUGACAUUGUGGUCUGUAGUGAGAGUAGGGAGCAGGUUGAGGAAAGCCUGGAGAGGUGGAGG